GCUAGGUGUUCUGUAGAACCUUUGUUGUUUCAAAUUCCAUCCUUGAGAGAGAGAGAGAGAAGUCAUGUUUUCCAUUGACCAUGCUUGGGUUUUUGCCUUUGGUAUUUUAGGUAACAUUCUUUCCUUUAUGGUGUAUCUUGCCCCGGUACCAACAUUUUCCAGGAUUUUCAAGAAAAAAUCAACUGAAGACUUUCAAUCAGUCCCAUAUGUGGUUGCACUCUUUAGUUCCAUGUUGUGGAUAUACUAUGCAUGGCUCAAAUCCAAUGCUAUCCUCCUCAUCACCAUUAACGCGGCCGGUUGUGUCAUAGAGACCAUUUAUAUUGCCUUGUACAUUGUUUAUGCACUAAAAAGUGCCAGGAUUCUGACGUUGAAAUUAUUACUACUUCUGAAUUUUGGGGGAUUUUGGUCGAUUAUGAUUCUCACAAUCUUCUUCUUAAAAGGAUUGAAUCGAGUUCGAGUAGUAGGAUGGAUAUGUAUGGCACUGUCUGUGAGUGUAUUUGCAGCACCUUUAAGUAUCAUGGCACAGGUCAUACGCACCAAGAGUGUAGAGUUCAUGCCAUUUUGGCUGUCAUUUUUCCUCGCAAUGAGUGCUGUCAUGUGGUUCUUUUACGGUUUACUACUAAAGGACAUCUAUAUCGGGGACUACUUCAAAUGCUACUCUACACCAUCUACAAGAACCACAAGAAGUCUGCAGAGGAGCAGAAACUACCUACUAUGGUGAAGUCAAGCACUUCUGAGGUACAAACAGUUUGCUGCCUUCCCAAUUUUGACGAAAACAGAGAUGCCAAAGACCAAACCAAGCAUGAUCAAGGGGAACCCGAGAAUAAAAGUAUCGACGCCUCGAAUCAAGUUUAAUGUGACCUAAAAAUGGUAGUAAACAAUAAUUAAAGUUCCUGUUUGUAACAAAAUCUGUAAGAAUUAAGUGUGAAACAGUCUUAUCUUUGAUUUUUAAUAUAUCGAUUUUCGAGUCUAAGCCGACAACAUGUAAGAAAUACCCCUAAUUUGGUACCCCUUUAUUGGGGUUAUGUGCAUUUUAAUUUUAAUCAACCGCCCCUUGAAGCUACCCUUUCUUUUCAAAACCCUGUACACGUGUCUUUAUGGUAUGUGUAUUUUUUUU